AAAACCAGCAUCCUGUUUCACAUGUUCUCUACAGGGACAUGAUGUUCGUCUGAAUGGAGGGCAGGAGUCUCGGUGGAUCCUGCAUUACGCUGCCAUAAAUCCGCGCAGUGGAGAAGAGCUGCAGUGAAUGCAGCCUUCAGUCACUGCUGACGUCGCGUCUCUUUAACAGAGGGCUUCUCAGGACGGGGAGGGGCGGGGGGUGAACGAGUUCAUCGGGUUCAUUCCUGUAUCGCAGGUCGGCUGUUCCCGGUUCCCUGUGUUAACGAGAGGCUGCGGCACAAACCGCUGAUGAAACAUGGAACCAGACCGCAUCGGAGACCGGAUACAUGGUGUUCAUUCUGGACUCUGACCGGAUGAGUUGAUAGCUUUAAAACACGCAGCCAUUUUCAGGUGAACCUGUGCUCUUUCAGCCAGCUGCAGCCUGUAUGUUGGGAAUGGAGAAAUCGCUUUUUCCUGUGCAGGCUGCUGCUGCUGGAAUAUAAAUGAUGAUGAUGAUGGCUGAUGGGUGCUGCAGGGGAACGGAGAGAAGCAGGGGUAAGAUCCCGUCCGAUUCUCUGUCCAGACACGCGUAUCCCCAGCAGUACAGCCAGGCUGGAGCAGCGCAGCAGGGAAAUGACAUUCAGGAACUGGCCUCAAAACGCGUUGAUAUCCAGAAGAAACGCUUCUAUCUGGACGUGAAGCAGAGUGUGCGCGGUCGCUUCCUGAAGAUAGCGGAGGUGUGGAUCGGGAGAGGGCGUCAUGAUAACAUCAGGAAGAGCAAGCUGACCCUGUCCAUGUCAAUGGCUCCGGCUCUGCGAUACUGCCUGGGAGAUUUCAUCGAUUAUUACGCCCGAAUCGGACUGCGGGGGAGCCUGGCCCAGACCCCGCAGCUGGCAGAGGAACACGGCAGCAACGGGCAGGGCCGCGGGCAGGAUGCUCGCAGAAAAGCGCGGGAGCAGCAUGCAUCUCCCACCGGCUCGGUAGGCUCCGAUGAUCAUGCCCACCGAGUUCUCAAGAGCGAGUUCAUUGAGAGAGACAACAGGAAGUACUUUCUGGACCUCAAGGAGAACCAGAGAGGUAGGUUCCUCCGCAUACGGCAGACCGUCAGCAAAGGCCACGGCUCCAUGGGCUACUAUGGCCAGGGCAUCGAGCAGACCAUCGUUCUGCCCGCACAGGGUCUCAUCGAGUUCAGAGACGCCCUGUCCCAGCUCAUCGAGGACUACGGGGAGGAAGAGGUGGACGAGCAUGGCCGACUGGGCUCCAGGACUCGCCUCGAUAACCCCGAGCUCCCGGAGGCAGCGUCCUUCCGAGUGGACAACAAACGCUUUUACUUCGAUGUGGGGUCAAACCGCUACGGGGUCUUCUUAAAAAUAAGUGAAGUGCGCCAGCCGUACAGGAACACCAUCACGGUUCCGUUGAAAGCCUGGGCUCGGUUCGGAGAAAACUUCAUCAGGUAUGAGGAGGAAAUGCGGAGGAUCUUCUCAUGCCACAAGGAGAAGAGGACAGAAGACCAACAGGACAGCAUAGAGCAGGAGGACUGACCUCUGCACCCUCCACACACAUGGCCCAACCUUCCACAUGCCAUGUGCUGUCUCCACAAGUAGGCUGAUUUACCAAGGGCUGGUAAACAUCUACCCUGCCAAGAAGUGAUCCAUUCAUCGCCUUAUAGCAACACCUGAUUCAUCUACUGCUGCUGAUGCACUUUAACCAGGAGCAGCCUGGGAAUGAUUAGGGGCUCUGUGGACUUUAACCCACAUUUGCCUUUUAAAUUUAAGAAUGCACUGUACAGAUGGUUAUUAAUAAAAAAAUCGUUACAGUGAUGUGGUAUUGCUGGUAAUAGAUGAGCUUUAGAGUUGACCAUUGUUAAUGUUGGCACCCUAAAUAUUACCUAGUAUUUUUGUGGCAAGCAGAAGUGCAGAGAAGUGCAAACUGCAACAAUCAAAAGGGUCCUUAUAAACAUAGGAUGGAUAUCUAUAUUUGAGUCAAAACAAAAGUUGAGGUAGUUGCCUGAGAAAUUUGCUGGGUUGUUUGCGAUAUCCUGAUGGUUGGGGCCUGAGUUAGUCCCAUAAGUGCAAUAAAUACCUGUCAAUGCUUACAGCCUCACUGACCUGGGGAAAAGUAUGGUGUCGUGAGCUGUAGGUGUUGAUCCAAUGGAAUAAUAUAUUUAUAAUUAUCACAACAACUAGGCAAGAGAAACAUUGGUGUGCCAAUGCAUGCUGCCAGUGAAAUGGUUAUGCUGGUGUUGUGACUUGUUUUGUUUUCUGAUGUAGAGUUUAGUCCUUCAGUUUACUGUUCAAGUGUAAAUGGACAACAGAAUUCUGGGUUUGACCUUGUGUUUCUCUUUAUAUCAGGUUAUGUUCCGGUAUUCUUACGUACUGUUAUCAGUGAAGACAUGAUCUGGUCUUUGUCUUCUCAUGUGCACUGGAGAAUUGCAGGGUGUGUUGAGUUCUCCAGAUCAUUAAAAAUCCCAACAUACAAGGAUUAAUGUGUGUAUGUAGACACAGUUCAUUGCUGUAAUGUGCACUGGCAGUUUAACAUCCAUCAAAAGAUACCAAAACUGCACAGUAGAUGUUAGAUCUUCACAUUGGCAAGCUCUGGGUCAGUUAGAGGCAACUUAUGCAGUGAUGCAAACCUGCAGAGCAGUCUAUUGAGUGCAGAAUCACUGACCGGAUGUCAGAUGCUGCACGUAAAAUCCAUUGGUGCUUAGAGUUGCACCACUAGUUUCUCUUUCUGAAACUAGUCAGUUUCAGAAAGAGAACUGAACUUGUGAGCAGUCCAGAGUGUGCUUUUUAAUGAGCCAAACUAUCAGUGCAGUUGUUGCUGAAAGAACCAACAAGACUCAAAGGAGGCAAAACAAAUCUAUAACUGUGAGGCUUGAGUAGAUUUCUUGCAGUUAGUUGAUGGAACGCAGUAUAGUCUUUGGGUGAAGCUAGUCUGAUCCAUCUUUGGGUGUCAUUAGACAAGACUAAAUCCAUGCAUGAUAUUUGAGACAUUUUUUUGCCAUGAAACAUAAAACUGUCGAAGGAAUUACUUAGCUGAAUGUGUAUUCAAAAAACAACUUUAAACAUAAAAAUGUCAUGAGAGAUGGCAAAAGGAAGACGUAGCACAAGCAGCUACAUAUUGUCUUCUAAGAUGUGAAUUUUAGAUUUUUCUACAUGUCUUCUGUUUGGCACACAAACAUGAUCAACUGGAAGCAAAUGUAAAAACAGCCCUGGAAAACAAAAAAAAAAUUCUGCUGAAGGCAUUUUUAGGCACGGUUCAUUCAUUUAAAAGAUGAAAGUGAUGCAUGAUAGAGGAAAGAUUUUUUUAAAUAAUCUACUUCCACUUCUAAUGUCCAGAUUGCAAAUAAUUACAAUAAGAGACUCCACACCACCUGGUGCAGUGACACCUUUAAUUACAACUUUGCAUUAUUUUACCCUGAAAGUGUCUCCUUAUUGGAUUUUACAAGCAUUUUUAGGUCAUUGUUCGACAUGCCAUCUGAUGCUUCACACACACAGGAAUGCCCAGAAUGAAUAAGUUCUUGUCAUGUUGGAAGAUGUGUGUAUAGUGGCGAUGCAGACUGAUGGUUACUGCCUUGAACAGCCCACACACUGCAAACAAGCAUGUUUGCAGACAUGUUUAAUUUUUAUCUAAUUAUUCUGAUUCUGGUUUAAUCAAGGUGAAUUUACAUUAGUCAGCUUCUUUAUAUGAUAAUUGAAGUAGCAGUAGUGGAAAGGAGACCAACACUGGAUUAGACAGAAAAAAACAUUGCUGUUUAUUGUCCAUCCACCUGAAUACAGUCAGUCUCCUGCUGCUGAGGACACAAAUUUACAUUUGUUGUACCUCAAAAGAAAUGUAUACUCAUCAGUCACCAUAUUACAUAUAUAUUCAUAUACAUAGUACCAGGAGUUCAUCUUGUAAUCUGUUUGUUGCCUGUUCAAAUCCCUGCUCCAUCUAUCUAAGUUGUUGUGUCCUUGGGGAAGAUGGCUCACCUACUGAGUGGCCAUUUGAGGUUUUGUUGCUUAUCUUCCUUACCAGACAAAGAUAAGCAAUUGCUGCUCACUGAAUUUUCUUUUUGUUCCCUGACAAUUUUCUUUAAUCAGAAGAGAUGGUUAUAGGGGAAAAUCUCAGCAGACUGGUUGGUAAGACUCAGACCAGUCUGUCAUCAACAGCAUGUCACUCUUCUUUCUUCCCCAUCCUGGUGAUCUUCAGCAAGUAAUUUUAAUAGCAUCUAAAUGCUAUGAGUUACUGCCAUGUGAUUGGCUCAUCCAUUACUUGUGUUUCAAGCUUUCAAUCAGGUCUAUCUAAUAAUGUGGCUAAUGAGUGUAUGCUCUUCAUGCUGCAGUGGACUGUGUAUCCCACUGUUCACAUUGGGUUUCCUGUGUAAAUGUAUUUGGUUGCUGGACAUUUUCAUGAUAUAGUAUAGAGUGUAGAGUGGGGAAAUCUUUUAUUUACAUCUAAAGUAAAGGAAAAAUCUUUGGAGCUCUCUAAUUUUCCAGCAUCUUAUAAUUCAAAGAUUCAAGGAAUCUAAUAAACACUUAGCUUUUAAAAUGAGGUGAAGGAUGUUUGGCAGAUGGUAAAAAUGAAUUUGGUUUUGUCAUAACAUUAAGCUCUUUUUGAUUUAGUGCAUUUGAUCAACUUGUUCUGUGUUGAUCUGAUGCAUGUUUUGUUAUUGAAGCACUUCUGAGGUUUUUCACCACACUGCUUUCAGUGCUAAUCCAGCUCCGGAGCUCUAGCUGGAGCCAUGUCUUACCAGGUUCUAUAAAAAAAAACAUGGCAAAAAACCUACUUGGUAGUCAGACAGCUUCCUUAGGGCCACAUCAUUACAUCACUGAGAGUAGCUCUUUCGGUAAAUUUUGGAUUGCGAAAUUCUUUCAGAAUGUCAGCAUUUGGACUUUGGAGCUUUCCAGUAUUUCCUUCCAAAUUGGACCAUGUAAAUUGUAAAAGAUGUUGUUGCACUUAAAGUACAGAGAGACAUUUCUGAAGGAAGCAGCAACGCAAACAGAACUUCGGCAGGAUGUUGCAAUCCCCCUUUUUAAAUCAGUAUCAGCUAGGAAUUUUGAUAAAACCCAACAAUGUUGAUUAAAUGGAGGGCCAACUGGUGUUAAAAACCUGGCUGACUGUUAAAGUAGCUCUAUGCAGUGUUUUGAUCUCAUUAUAUUACAUAAAGAAAGAUGUUAAAACAGAGAGAGAAAAGAAACACUGAGCUUUGCUGUUAGAUGAACCUGAAUAAAUGCAGAAUAUUUAAUGUUUGCUGCCCUUUUCGGAGGGUCUGGUGAAGACUGUCAAUUUAUUUUCAGUAACUUGUUUUACUUUUUUAUAUAGAGAAACAUACGAGAUAUAUCAUACUUUGUAUCAUUCAAAGCACAAUCUAUUUUAGAAAUUAGAAAUUAAUUUUCCCUUAGAUAAUUCUUGUCUAAGCUAAAAUUUAAUUUGAGGAAUAUGAAGUGUACACUGUAAAAAAGUAAACAUCUCUAAAAUCCCACCAGCUGUGUUUGACAGAAUUUUACCGUAUUUAUACGGUAAAUCAAUUUAUGCUGUGUUUUGGAGCUGGAAAUGAAGGUUUGAUAACUGUAAUCUAGCAACUUUCACUACAUUCUAUAUGAGUGUAGCCAUAGUAGAUAGCAAACGAUGGCUGUUCUGCAAAUGUUCUAGUGAGACUUUUGAAAAUCCAACUUCAGAAUAAUAGGGUAUCACAUUAGUAGUAACGUCCUGUAAAGGCAAGACAGUCAUCAGUUUGGUAAAAUGAGUGUUAUUGAAAAUACUGCAAAGAAAAUCUGCACUUUUAUUGAAAUUAUUUCUGGCAGAAGGACCACUGAUAAUUCUAAUAUUAGCAUAAAUUGACAAUCAUUGAUCACAAUGACUAUCAGCUGCACACAAACCCCCCUACACCCCCAUGAUAUCCUGAUUCUUUAUUAAGGUUGUGCCUGAAAGUGUCAACCUGCAGAUUAAUUCAGCCCACACACAACCUGCAAAGUCUUAGUUUUACAAGGACCAGUUGAACCAAUUAAGGUGGGCUAGUUAAACCAGCAGGCACAUCUAGAGCUGAUGUAAGCUUUCAGAAAUAAAGCCAGCCUCAGAACCACAGGACUGAAGCAGAACUCUGUGGUUGACAUCCUUACAUCAUGUGUUUCAGACAACUCACAUACCAAAGGUUACAAUAAAUAAGAGGUAUGCUGUGUUAUUUCUAAUGAAGGGUAAGGUGCGGAUUGGUGGGUUUCAAUAUGCUAUUUUGUCUGUUUCCAUUGUAAAAGUGGCCCAUACAACUGACCCAUACAGCACUGUUCCUGGGCAGUCUUCAGUUGUAGGUCCAUAGGAAAAUGGUACAGUACAGAUAUGGUGUUACACUGCAGAGUCCAUUGAUUGGGUGACGGCACUGACCGUUCCAUCACAACCUGAACCUGUGAAGCUGGUUUAAACUUUCAUCACUGUAUCAUUUUGCAGCUCAUAAGCCAGCAGCCCUCCUUGCCACUUUGAUCCUUUCAAAACUCAAACCAGAAAAUGUUUAAUCCUUGACUUCAGUUAUUUUGUAAACUGGACUUUAGUUGUAGAUUGACUACACACUUUAAAAGAAGUAGUGUUUCAUAAUCUGAGUGGUUUCUUUCAGCAGUAAAAUGUCUCUGUGGAGAAAUGGAACAUGGUUGAGGAGACAGCCUGAACAUCCAUGGCUUUGGCUUAUACGACUUUAAAUAUUUACCACAGAUUCACUAAAUACCUGAGACUGAGUCCAAAAAGAUCAGAUGCCUUUAUAUUGGAAAAAAACAACCCUCAAUGUUAUAAUGGUCAUAAUGUUAUGGCUGAUCAGUUUAAAAUAAGAUAUUGUUUGCAGUUCUGAACAAUUUGUUCAGAACUGUUGUUUGAUUAUAAACAAGAAAAUUGCACUUAAUCUGAAAUUUAUACAGCUGAUUAAGAUAUGUUAGACUGAAUUAAUGUGUUCUGUUCUACAGCGUAUACAGCACAAUCCUAGUCCAUGCAAUAAAAAGAAUGUUUGGAGGCAACUGCAAUUAUUGAAUUAAAUGACUGACGGAGUGAAUUUGACAAUAUGAUACUGUACAUUUUUUUUUUCAAAUCACUUAAAAGAGAAACCCACAUGCUAUUUUUAACUCUUUAGAAAUAUUUGUUGCUCAAACAGAGCAGGUCUUGGUCAGCCUGUCUUUAGAUCUGUCGGUAUUUAACAAUGGGAAGCAUACACAAAAACUUAGAUUCUAAAUUUAAAAGAGGUUUAUUAAAGCAAUCCAUGUGCAUGUACAGGGCUGACACUGAUAUCACAGCUAAAGGUUCAACUCUGGUCAAAGCUGCUAAGACUCAAGUAUGUGAUCCAGCUGACUUAUCAGUCUCUAAACACAAAAGACAACAUUUUAUAUUUUUAUAAAGUCUUAUUAUUCACAUUUAUUAUUCAUAUUUUAAUCAAAGGCACUUUCCCUUAUAAGCUUUCUAAAUAAAUAACAACAGUGCAAGUACCAGAAGUCAAAUUCUGCAAUCUAUCUAAAGAUUAAAAAUGUCUCUGUAACCAUCUGGUUCUUGUUUUCAGUGGACAUGACGUGGAUGGCUACAGGAUUCUGAAACCUGAACUGCUGAUCUGGUGUUUUCUAGUUUUGAUGCCUUAAAGGUCCUUUUCAACAUAUCUCUGCUCACUUUCAUUUUUGUACUUUUUAUUUUUAGCAGACUGAAACAUUAAAAAUAGCCAAAGGCAAAAUAAAAAAGGAGCUCUAAUCAAUAUAUGUGCCAUUUGUCACAUCUAGAAAGAAAAUGCAGAUUUUUUUAAAGGAAAACUUUAACUUGACAAAGUGUUUGUGUUCAUGUGCGGUUGUGCAGAGUGAUGUGAACAUAGGCGUACUGAAGAAGACAUUCUGCUUGUCCUGUUGUAUUAUGCAUUUGGUUGUAAACUGGAAAAUGUAGAGAUGUUGAUGUUUGGCCUUCUUUAAAAAAGCAACUAAGAAAAAUAAAGAAAAGAUGAAAAGGUAUACAUUUAGAUAAAUGUAAGACACUGGUGUGUUCUGUAGUUCUGUAAACUAAGGCUUCUGAAACAAGGAAAUGUUGUACUCUAGCACUUUCUUUAAUGUGUACUGUAUUCAGUUCAAAUUUACAUGUAAAGUACUGUAUGAAUAAUCAUUACUUGCCUUGUGACAUUUUAAUCAAUGCUACAUUUAGAAAUGUUAUCUAAGAACAUGAUUUUAUAGUGUAUGCAUGCUAGUGGUUGGGUACCAGUGCAAAAGGAUAACUAUGAAAAAUGGUGCUAUGUAAUAAUGGUGCUUCUGUGGACCCCAGCCAAAUGCAUGCACAGAGGAUCUAUUAAAGGAUGGAAAAAAAGAGAACAUGUCCUUCUGCUGUUCUCAAGUAGUGCUGCUUCCCAAAGAUGUUCCAAGGACUGGAAAAAUCCAACAGUCUCUUAAAGUGCAACAACCCUUCAACACUGGCUUACAGUUGGACUUCUGACUUCUCAGUGUUUUCUCUGCUUCUUUUCCUUCCAACAUGUGUUCAUAGUCCUCUUAGUCUGUAGGCAGGUAUUUUACCUAAGCAGAGAAUGUUUGUGUUGUACAGAUUUUUGUUUAUCUGAGCCUCUUUACUGAAAGCCUUUGAAGACAGGUAUUUCCAAUCUUAUUCAUAUGGCAUAGUAUUUUGAGACAUAUAGCAGUGUCAAUUCCAGACUAAAUUAACCAGGGAAGCCAUGGUGGGGCGAAAAAAGUAAAUAAAAAAACAGGGCAGUAUUUAAUAGAUUAAUACUUUUGGUGAGUCAAAUAGACACUUUUGGCCCUGGAGCUGUAGGUUGCAGAUCCCUGAUCUGGCAAAUAAAAAGUUGGUCCAAGGGACCAAUACGUUCUUAUAAUGAUACGCUAACAAAUAUUAAUGCAAGACACUGAUCCGGUAUUGUAUGUCAGUACAGAGAUCAUUACAGGGGCUAGAACCAAUUCUCCAGGUCACUGGCCCCUGUUGGCCUGUAUCUAGAACCACCUAUACCCAUAGUAAGGGAUAACUAACUUCUAGGAUUGCUUACAGUAAGGCUUGCCUCUAACUGCCAUUCCAAACUUCCCCUGUUCUUAGCAAAACCAGAACCAGGAUUAGCUCAACCAGUCUGAGUCGCUGAACAUCAGUAAGUACUGUAAACCAAGAGGCUCUCAAACUGUUGGGCCACCUAGUUAUGAAGUGCCAAAGUCCAUCAGGUCUAAUUAUAGAUGAAUACGAUCCACAGACAAUCUGACAUCAUUUUGUACUUUCCAUUCUUCAGGUCAUGUGAUCAAAACACAAUUUUUAUGUAGCACAGUUACUGAACUACAAACAUCGCAGUGUUUAAAAAGUAAAACAUGUUUGAGCUUGGAAACCUUUGUGUUGAUUAUUGAUGUAACUUGUUUGAAAGAAGAAAAUGUGUACAUUUGUUAGUUGUACUAAUCAGUGCUCCCUUUCUGUUUCUCAGUAAUUAAACGGUAUCCAGCAUUAUCGCUACUGGUGCCACACUAC